UGAGGUGUGGGACAAGCGCCGGGGCCGCUACCAUGGGCAAGAAGCAGAAGAACAAGAGCGAGGACAGUGCAAAAGAUGAUAUUGAUAUUGAUGCCCUUGCUGCUGAGAUAGAAGGUGCAGGUGCUGCAAAGGAGCAAGAGCCUCAGAAAUCCAAAGGCAAAAAGAAAAAAGAGAAGAAGAAACAGGAUUUUGAUGAAGAUGAUAUCCUGAAGGAGCUGGAAGAAUUGUCAAUAGAAGCACAAGGAGGGAAAAUUGACAGGGAACCUACUACAGGAAAGGUUGAAAAUGACAAUGAAGAUAGCUUAUCAAAACAAGAUAAAAAAAGGAAAGGAAAGAGUAAAAAAGGCAACCUGGAAAAUGACUAUGACAGUGAGGAAGUGGAAGAUAAAGAUAAAAAAUCUAAAAAAAAUCAAAAAGCAAAACAAGAUACACUUUCUGGCAGUGAUGAUGAUGAUCAGGAGACACAGCUUAAGAAAAACAAAGGGAAAACUCAGAAAGCGGUGUCUUCAGGUGAGAGUGGUGAUGAAUCAGAUGAGGUCUCCCAAUCUAGAAAAGGACAAAAGAAGAACCAAAAACCAAAGUCCACUCCUGCUGCUGAAAGUGGGGAUGAUGAAGAAGAACCUUCAUUCAAAGUAAAAACAGUGGCUCAGAAGAAGGCAGAAAAGAAAGAACGUGAAAGGAAAAAACGUGAGGAAGAAAAAGCAAAACUGAGGAAGCAAAAAGAGAAGGAAGAAUUAGAAGGUGGUAAAGAACCUGCAAAGCCAAAGGAAGCUCUAAAAAAAGCUGAAGAGAAGGCUUCUCCUGAAGUCACAGCCACUGCUGUCCCUGCGGAAAAGGGGCAGACUCCUGCAGGAGCAGAGGCUGAUGACAAUGAGGGGGACAAAAAGAAGAAAGAAAAGAAAAAAAAGAAAGGUGAGAAAGAAGAAAAAGAGAAAGAGAAGAAAAAGGGUCCUAGUAAAGCCACGGUUAAAGCUAUGCAAGAAGCGUUGGCUAAAAUGAAAGAGGAGGAGGAGAGGGCAAAAAGAGAAGAGGAAGAACGUAUAAGACGACUGGAGGAACUAGAAGCAAAGCGCAAAGAAGAGGAACGAUUAGAGCAAGAGAGGAAAGAAAGAAAGAAACAGAAGGAAAAGGAGAGGAAGGAGCGUUUGAAAAAGGAGGGAAAGCUUUUAACAAAAGCUCAACGAGAAGCCAGAGCCAGGGCAGAGGCUACUCUUAAACUACUCCAAGCUCAGGGUGUCGAAGUGCCAUCCAAAGACUCUGUGCCAAAGAAGAGGCCAAUAUAUGAAGACAAAAAGAAAAAGAAGCAGCAGCAGCCAGAAAGCAAAGAAGGUCCACCAAUCUGCUUUCUUGCAAUUUCAGAAAGCGUGGAUGUGACUUCUCCAUCUGAGGAUGCUGCAGAACUGGAAGCACCAGUGAAAGAAGAGACUCCUCUUCCGGUAGAGCCAGAAGAAAAGGAGGAAGAAGAAGAAACAGAAGAUGGUGGUUUGGAUGACUGGGAAGCUAUGGUUAGUGACGAAGAUGGAGAGAAAGAAAGCAAAGCUGUCCACAUUGAAGUCAAAGAACAAAAUGAAGUGGAUGAGGAAGAGGAGGAGGAAGAUGAUGAGGAGGAAGAGGAAGAAGAGAGUGAAGAAUCUGAAGACAGUGAAGGGAGUGAAGAUGAGGAUGAAAAGACUUCAGAUGAAAGAGAGACAGACUCCCAAGCUAUUGGAAAACAAUCUAUGGAAAAAAAAGCCAGCAAGGAAAUUAGCUCUGAUUCUGAGUAUGACUCUGAUGAUGACCGCACUAAGGAAGAGCGUGCUUAUGACAAAGCCAAACGGAGAAUUGAGAAGCGCCGAGCUGAAAACAGCAAAAAUAUGAACACUGAAAAGCUCAGAGCACCAGUUAUCUGUGUCCUGGGGCAUGUAGACACAGGCAAGACCAAAAUUUUAGAUAAGCUCCGUCAUACUCAUGUACAGGACAGUGAAGCUGGUGGUAUCACUCAGCAGAUUGGUGCAACUAACGUUCCACUUGAAGCUAUUAAUGAGCAAACUAAGAUGGUGAAAAACUUUGACAGAGAGAACAUAAAAAUUCCAGGCAUGCUGAUCAUCGACACUCCAGGACAUGAGUCUUUCAGCAAUCUAAGAAAUAGGGGAAGCUCACUUUGUGAUAUUGCUAUACUUGUAGUUGACAUCAUGCAUGGUUUGGAGCCACAGACAAUUGAAUCAAUAAAUCUGCUGAAAUCAAAGAAAUGCCCCUUUAUAGUAGCUCUCAACAAGAUUGAUAGGUUGUAUGACUGGAAAAAAAGUCCAGAUACAGAUGUAGCUGUCACCUUGAAAAAGCAGAAAAAGAAUACGAAGGAUGAAUUUGAAGAGCGUGCAAAAGCUAUCAUAGUGGAAUUUGCGAAACAGGGUUUGAACGCUGCCUUGUUUUAUGAGAAUAAGGAUCCCCGCACUUUUGUUUCUCUUGUACCUACCUCUGCUCACACAGGGGAUGGCAUGGGAAGUCUAAUAGCUCUUCUUGUUGAACUAACACAAACUAUGCUGACCAAGAGACUGGCUGAGUGUCAGGAGCUGAGAGCUCAAGUCAUGGAGGUUAAAGCGCUGCCGGGCAUGGGUACUACCAUAGAUGUCAUUUUGAUUAAUGGACGCUUGAAAGAAGGAGACACCAUUAUUGUUCCUGGGGUAGAAGGUCCUAUAGUAACUCAAAUUAGAGGUCUUCUGCUACCUCCUCCUAUGAAGGAGCUACGAGUUAAGAACCAGUAUGAGAAGCAUAAAGAAGUUGUCGCUGCUCAAGGCGUGAAGAUUCUUGGGAAAGAUUUGGAAAAAACACUGGCUGGUUUGCCGUUGCUUGUAGCUUACAAAGAGGAUGAAGUCCCAGUCCUCAAGGAUGAACUAAUACAUGAACUGAAGCAAACGUUGAAUGCAAUCAAACUAGAAGAAAAAGGUGUUUAUGUCCAGGCUUCUACUUUAGGGUCUUUAGAAGCAUUACUUGAAUUUCUCAAAACGUCAGAAGUGCCAUAUUCAGGAAUUAAUAUAGGUCCUGUCCAUAAAAAGGAUGUUAUGAAGGCAUCAGUUAUGUUGGAGCAUGACCCACAGUAUGCAGUUAUUCUAGCAUUUGAUGUGAGGAUUGAACGUGAUGCACAGGAAAUGGCCGAUAGUUUAGGAGUUCGAAUUUUUAGUGCUGAAAUAAUUUAUCACUUAUUUGAUGCCUUCACAAAAUAUAGACAAGACUACAAAAAACAGAAACAAGAGGAAUUCAAGCACAUAGCAGUAUUUCCUUGCAAGAUGAAAAUACUCCCUCAGUUCAUUUUCAACUCUCGUGACCCAAUAGUGAUGGGAGUUGUUGUGGAGGCCGGCCAGGUGAAGCAGGGCACUCCCAUGUGUGUACCUAGCAAAAAUUUUGUUGACAUUGGAAUUGUUACAAGUAUUGAAAUAAACCAUAAACCAGUGGAGGUGGCAAAAAAAGGCCAAGAAGUAUGUGUUAAAAUAGAACCUAUCCCUGGUGAAUCCCCUAAAAUGUAUGGACGACAUUUUGAAGCAACAGAUAUCCUCGUCAGUAAGAUCAGCCGUCAGUCCAUCGAUGCUCUGAAGGACUGGUUCAGGGAUGAAAUGCAGAAGUCUGAUUGGCAGCUUAUAGUAGAGCUGAAGAAAGUGUUUGAAAUCAUCUAGAUAACUGUUUUACAGCAAUGAGGAGGCAGGAAUAAAUGCACUCUUCCUGUUCUAAUAGUUACCAACAAAGUCAUAUAUUGAAGACAGUGUUGGAUGUAUGUUUGGGAGGAAAAUAUGUCGAUAAAAUGUUUUCCAUGAGAAACCAAGAAAUUUACACUGGUUUGACAGUGGUCAAUUUACAUGUUCCCAUGGUUCCAAUGUGCCUGUUCACCUCUCCUACUGCCCUUCCUAAUACUGGCUGCUGUUUUAAAGUUUGCCCUUCCUCCUCUUACACCUUCCUUUCCACCCUUUUCCCCCCUCCCUCUCCAAAAUAAAAUAAAAUAAAAUUGAAUUUUUAUUACAGAACUAAAGCUCUUUCACUUUUAUACUGAUGAGAUCAGUACUGCAGUAUUUGAUUAACAAAGCUUCUGCAGACUUUGUGAUUCUUGAGACAUUUUUGAUGUAAGAAGUACUUCUUUAUUUAUGCAUACCUCUACCCUUUACUCUCUUUUCCAACAUUCUUCUGCUUUGUGCCUAUAGAAAUUUUUUUAAAUAGAAAAUUAGGCAAUUGGAUAUUUCUGUAUUUGCUUUGUGUGAAACGAUGUAAAGCAUAGCUGGCCACCUUUUACUGCUUGUACAGUUCAUGAAAAUCAACCUGUAAUCAUUAUAAUGCAGAGCUGCAAAUAAAGGAGAUGGACAUAGCAGCCCGCUUGUUUUACAGUUUGUUUCAAUGAACACAAGGUUAACUCCGUGGGCUGUGAUGGACAUGGAGAGGCCUGACAGAGGUGUGCCUGCGCCUUGGUGCUUGGCAGAGUAGGGGAGGCACAUUCCAGCAAAGCCCUUUCUCCCUCUGGCAUCACUUACCCUUGUGGAAUGUGCACUGUGCCAGGGUGAGGGUGGUGGCUUAUGUCUCACUAUGUUCCUGAUGCACCAGAGCUGCAGGCCAGGUGUUUUGCAAGUCACGAUUCCUAGAGAGGUGCUGCUAGGAAGUUUAGAGGUGGCAUCUCUUCUCCAGCUGCUGCUCAGAGCUGUGGUAAGCACCUGCAAAAGCUGUCUACAAGUAAGCCAUGAUAUUGGAUGCUGCAUCAAAGCUAUGGAGUCAUCUUGAUACUGUGGGACUGAACCAGCUUGAAAGGCAUUUGGCUGAUGAUGUUUGUGACAACCGGGAAUGCGUCUGCAAUCCUUGCAUUUUCCUGCCCUUCCUUCCCCUGUCGUUGCCUGCUUAGGAUGGCAUAAAGUAGGCUCCUGGUAACUUACAGCUUGAGAGGAGCUAAAGAACACGUUUCAAAAGCACAAGCUGAAAUAAAAUCAAUAAUGAUCUUUAUGUAGGUGAGGAUCUUAGCUUUUAAAAUAUUUACAAGAAUUUAACUUGCAAUAAGCAGUUUAAUCAGAUUUUUUCUGCCAUUUUGUUGUUCAAAAACCCCUGAAUUUUAUAAUUGUGGUGCUGCCUCCAUUACAAAGGAACAUUGCAG